AUUACCGCGUGGCGAGUUGAACUUUCAUCGUCACCUUCAUUUUUAGAGAGAGAAGAGGAGACAGCAGAGAGAGACGAGUUUUUGGAAAUCGAGCAUCAAAAUCCCUCACCUGUCCCUUCCGAUCCGAACACGACGAUCUCCACAAUUCAAACACUGAAAUCGCCUCUAGAGAGAGAGAGACAUACACGGGAGCUGACAGAAGCUUGAAGAAACAAAAAUGGCGUCUUUCGACUCUUUCCGCCACGACGGCGACGACCAAACCCACCUCCACGACGAUCCUGCCGCUGGUGGACCCUUCGACGACGACAGUUACGCCGCCUACAGCGAGUUCUCCUCCUCCGAACCAUUACCCCAAGACGACGCCGUCGCCGACCACGGUUACGGCUUCGGCAUGCCUUCGCCUAGCCCGGACUUCUCUUCUCCCUUCGAAUCGGCCGUUCUGGAGCCCAAUGGAAAUGGAAAAUCCUACGAAGAAGAUGUUGGGGACGAUGAUGAUGGGGGCAUUUUCGCAUCGGACGAACCGAUUUUGCCGCCGCCGGAGGAUAUGCGAGAGGAAGGGUUCGCUCUGCGCGAAUGGCGUCGGUGAGCUUUUUGUCCAUUUCUUUCCCUUUUUGAUCUAAAUAGACACGUUAAUUUGGUG